CGUUGAUCCAAGAUAUCCCAUACAUAUCACAACCAAACAUCACUGAUAGAGUCAAUUCCUGCUCUCCGUUGUCAACUAGUUAACAAUGUCUGCUCUCAACCCCACAAAACCAAACAAGGCGCUUCUGCACGAUGAUCGGCAGGCCCAGUCCGUCUUGGACGCUCAGCCGAGCCCCGCGCGGCCGAUGGACCCUCUUCGCCCACAGCACGACGACACUCACCUGAACCUACGGGGCGGUCACGACGGCCAAGGUGCCUGUCCUGGCCGCUUCUGCUUCAUCAUUCCUUGCCCGCUGCCCUGCAACUUUUGCGUAUUCCCUUGCCCAUGCUGAGUCUCUGGCAAGUCAUGAAAAACUAUGUUCUAGGAGGCGCGCAAAGAUGAGCUUGAAUCUAGGGGAGACAGGGAAUGGUGGAGACGGUAGACAUUGCAUCCAAGCUACCGCUCGCCACAGGUCUGAUGGAGGUUUGAUUGGCUCAGCUGUAUUUUCUUUUUGAAUUUCCCGCAUUACCAGAAUACCACGAUAGAACCGCAACGAUACCAGUCCCUAGUUAAUGCUGCGUAUCACGUCUCUUUUCCCAUGCCAGCAAGCUGGAAAGAAUCAAAUCCAGCAUGAGUACAAUAAGGAUGAGACUGGAAGUAAACAUGAAUUUCGAACAAAAGAUCGGACCUCCUUGUGGGCCGAUGACCCGGCUUGUACCCUUAUGGGUGACUGCUCAACGAUGACGUCAGCAAAGAUCGUCUACCGAGCCCGACCGAGGUAUACCGAAGUUUAAGCUCAGCUUUUCGGUGAAAACAAGUUUUA